AUGUUUGAGGUUCAUUCCGGAAUAAUUUGUAUUGCCGAACAUGCUUUAAAUGGGGAAUUAGCAAAAUUAGUUGCUACUCAAUUAGAAUAUGAUUAUCAGCCUGAUAACGAACAUUUUUGUGGUAAAAGAGGGGAUACAUUAUUGGCUGUGGUAGAUGGCAUGCUGACCGAAGGGUUGAUUAAUUUUUUGCUUAAUUCUAUGGAUGAAAAUAAGUUUUUGGAAAUUGCUGCGUUGAGUGUUGACCCCGAAUUGAAAGAUAAGAAAAGUUUUGGGGAUGGCUUUCCCAUUCAUGAUCCAAGCAACCGACAUUCUUCAGCAGAAGAAAAAGGAAAACUAAAAUGCUCUUAUGAAAUAUACUAUUUUGACUUGAAAUCAAACUUCCCUUUCCUCACCAAAGAAGAAAAGAAAAUCAUUGAUAAAGGAAUUGAGUUUGAAAAUAUAAAAGAGCGUUGGAGAAACCAAAAAUCCGAAUCUUUAAUUCUUAGUUAUGAAGAUAAGGAGAGAAAUUUUGUCCUGGAUGUUGAUUACGGCGUCCGAGGAUACAAUUCCGGAAUGGGAAUUACUCAUCCAUGGCUUGAAGUGGGUUCGGGUCUUUUAAAAUACAACAGUUUAAAAAGUUUAGCGAAUCAGAUUUUAAAAAAAUCCAAGAAUAAAAACAUAGAGAUAGACAAAGCGGCUCCUUUCCGCUAUUUGGAGUUAGAAAUAUAUGUUCCUAUAAUCUUAAUUGAAGAGCCAGAAUUAUUACUUCAUCCUUAUUUAUCUAUUAAGGCAGUUAACUUAGUAAAAGAACUUGUUGAAAAUAAUAUUACAGUUAUUAUGACAACCCAUUCGCCGUCCUUUUUAUCUCAUUUUAUCCAUCACGAUAGAUUGAACUUGGUUGUCAUGAAAAAAGACGAAGAAAGGAAGUUACUUUCUCUCCUAAAUUUUUGGAAACUAGUUAACAAAGACAAAUUUAAGGACAAGAUUAUAGAAGAAUAUAAGGAAUUUGCUCGAAUGAACGAAAAAGUUGAAGAAGUUCAGUUUUACCAAAAAAACGAAACGAAUGAAGAAACCAAUGGCAUUACUCAUAGCAAGGAAAGCGGUGAAAAUAGAAUUAGUUGGUUACCUUCCGACACAGAAGAAUUUCUUGGAAUAAAAUUAGAGCAUAAUGAAAAGCAAUGCUGCAAGGAAUACAAUAUAAUCAGUAGAGAAGAGGAUAUUUUGGAAAAUUUAGAAAGGGAGCAAGAAAAAAUUAAAGAACUAAAAAAGAUAUUUUCUCUUUCUGAAAAAUUAUCAGAAUACAUUCUCUCAGUAGCUACCGGAGUUGGAAAAACUUAUAUAAUUGCCGCUAUUCUAAACUAUUUAGCCGAAGCGGAAAAGAUAACUAAUUUUCUAAUUGUUGCUCCAGGAAAAAUAAUCCGAGAAAAGACCAUUAAUAAUUUUUCUCUCAACAAACCCAAUUCUCUGGUUGAUAAAUUAACCAUCAAGCCGCCCCACAUUAUUGAUAUCAAAAAUUUUCACACGGCCAAAACUACUGAUAAAAAUUCCGUCAAAUUAUUUAUUUUUACCGUUCAAUCUUUAACCCAAGCCAAAGGCAAGACGGCUCGCAAAACUAGUAAUUAUGAUGAAAUACUAGGCCAAUCUUUACGGGAACAUUUAGGUAAAUUAAAUGACUUGGUUAUUUUUGCUGACGAACAUCAUUUAUACUAUGGGGAAAAGUUUUCCGAAGCCAUUAGAGAAUUAAAACCAAAAAAUUUAAUUGGACUAACUGGCACUCCUCAUGAAAAAACACCACUUAACGAAAUCAUUUUUGAGUAUCCUUUAUGA